CCCGCACGGCCCCGCACGGCUCGGGGGUUGCCAUGACAAGCAUUUUCUCCCGGUAGCCCCGGGACCGGUGCCCCCCCCUCUCGCCCCGUCCCAUGGCCAGUCGCCGAGGCUCCGCCGCCAGCCGGGCGCCGUGGGACCGGAGCCGCUCCAGUUGCUGUGGUAUCCAGGGAGCCCUCCUCCUCCUCCUCCUCCUCCUCCUCCUCCUCCUCCCGCUGCAGGAGCUGCACGCCGGGCGUUGCUAAGGUCGCCUCCGCGGUAACAUGCACAUCCUGUUUACACCUUCAUCCCGACAACUUGGGCUGGGGUAGAGCCGCCCGUUCCCCCCGGGAGCCCCCAGGGAAGGGGCCGCGCCGCGCAUCCCCCGCUCCCGGAGCCGCCGCCGCCGCCAUGACGAACAACGUGGCCGACCACCACCCCGGGAACUCGGUGGCCGAGGGCAGCCAUGAGGGGGACUUUGGGUGCUCCAUGGUGGAGCUCAGGAACCUCAUGGAGCUGAGGAGCGCCGAGGCCGUGGCCCGGCUCAACGACUCCUACGGCGGCGUCCAGAACGUCUGCAAGAGGCUGAAGACGUCGCCGGUCGAAGGCCUGUCCGGGAACCCCACGGACCUGGAGAAGAGGCGCCAGGUCUUCGGCCAGAACUUCAUCCCGCCGAAGAAGGCCAAGACGUUCCUGCAGCUGGUGUGGGAGGCGCUGCAGGACGUGACGCUGAUCAUCCUGGAGAUCGCAGCCAUCAUCUCCCUGGUGCUCUCCUUCUACCACCCGCCCGGCGGGGACAACGAGCUGUGCGGGCAGUCCACGGGCGGCGUGGAGGACGAGGGCGAGUCGCAGGCGGGCUGGAUCGAGGGCGCUGCCAUCCUCUUCUCCGUCAUCAUCGUGGUGCUGGUGACGGCCUUCAACGACUGGAGCAAGGAGAAGCAGUUCCGGGGCCUCCAGAGCCGCAUCGAGCAGGAGCAGAAGUUCACGGUGAUCCGCAAGGGCCAGGUGAUCCAGAUCCCCGUGGCCGAGAUCGUGGUGGGGGACAUCGCCCAGAUCAAGUACGGGGAUCUCCUGCCAGCGGACGGGAUCCUGAUCCAGGGCAAUGACCUGAAAAUCGACGAGAGCUCGCUGACCGGGGAGUCAGACCAGGUCAAGAAGUCAAUGGAUAAAGACCCCAUGCUGCUGUCAGGUACCCACGUGAUGGAGGGCUCGGGCAGGAUGGUGGUGACUGCCGUGGGCAUCAACUCCCAGACGGGGAUCAUCUUCACCCUCCUGGGAGCAGGAGAGGGUGAUGAGGAGAAGAAAGUGAAGAAAGGUAAAAAAAGCGGAGCCCCCGAAAACCGCAACAAAGCUAAAACUCAGGAUGGUGUGGCCUUAGAGAUCCAGCCCCUGAAGAGCCAGGAGGGGGUGGAAAACGAGGAGAAGGAGAAGAAGAAGGUGAAAGUGCCCAAGAAGGAGAAGUCGGUGCUGCAGGGGAAGCUGACGCGCCUGGCGGUGCAGAUCGGGAAGGCAGGGCUGAUCAUGUCGGCCAUCACCGUCAUCAUCCUGGUGCUCUACUUCGUCAUCGACACCUUCGGGGUGCAGAAGCGGCCCUGGCUGACCGAGUGCACCCCCAUCUACAUCCAGUACUUCGUCAAGUUCUUCAUCAUCGGCGUCACCGUGCUGGUGGUGGCCGUGCCCGAGGGGCUCCCGCUGGCCGUCACCAUCUCGCUGGCCUACUCGGUCAAGAAAAUGAUGAAGGACAACAACCUGGUGCGGCACCUGGACGCCUGCGAGACCAUGGGCAACGCCACGGCCAUCUGCUCGGACAAGACGGGCACGCUGACCAUGAACCGCAUGACCGUGGUGCAGGCCUACGUGGGGGACACGCACUACCGCCAGAUCCCCGACCCCGAGGCCAUCCUGCCCAAGGUCCUGGACCUCAUCGUGCACGGCGUGGCCAUCAACUCGGCCUACACCUCCAAAAUCCUGCCUCCGGAGAAGGAGGGCGGGCUGCCCCGCCAGGUGGGCAACAAGACCGAGUGCGCCCUGCUGGGCUUCGUGCUGGACCUGAAGCAGGACUACCAGGCCGUGCGCAACGAGGUGCCCGAGGAGAAGCUCUACAAGGUCUACACCUUCAACUCGGUGCGCAAGUCCAUGAGCACCGUGCUGCGCAGCGGCGCCGGCUUCCGCAUGUACAGCAAGGGCGCCUCCGAGAUCAUCCUGCGCAAGUGCACCAAGAUCCUGGACAAGAACGGCGAGCCGCGGCUGUUCAAGGUGAAGGACAGGGACGAGAUGGUGAAGAAGGUGAUCGAGCCCAUGGCCUGCCACGGGCUCAGGACCAUCUGCCUGGCGUUCCGGGAUUUCCCUGCGGACGCAGAGCCCGACUGGGACAGCGAGAACGAGAUCCUGUCCGACCUGACCUGCAUCGCCGUGGUGGGGAUCGAGGAUCCCGUCCGGCCCGAGGUGCCCGACGCCAUCCUGAAGUGCCAGCGCGCGGGCAUCACCGUCCGCAUGGUGACGGGGGACAACAUCAACACCGCCCGUGCCAUCGCCACCAAGUGCGGCAUCCUGCUGCCCGGGGAGGACUUCCUGUGCCUGGAGGGGAAGGAAUUCAACCGGCUCAUCCGCAACGAGAAGGGAGAGGUGGAACAGGAGCAGCUGGACAAGAUCUGGCCCAAGCUGCGUGUGCUGGCGCGCUCCUCCCCGACGGACAAGCACACCCUGGUGAAAGGGAUCAUCGACAGCACCGUGGGUGACCAGAGGCAGGUGGUGGCGGUGACCGGGGACGGCACCAACGACGGCCCGGCCCUGAAGAAAGCGGAUGUCGGCUUUGCCAUGGGCAUCGCGGGCACGGACGUGGCCAAGGAGGCGUCGGACAUCAUCCUGACGGACGACAACUUCACCAGCAUCGUCAAGGCCGUCAUGUGGGGCCGCAACGUCUACGACAGCAUCUCCAAGUUCCUGCAGUUCCAGCUGACCGUCAACGUGGUGGCCGUCAUCGUGGCCUUCACCGGCGCCUGCAUCACGCAGGACUCUCCCCUGAAGGCGGUGCAGAUGCUGUGGGUGAACCUGAUCAUGGACACCUUCGCCUCGCUGGCGCUGGCCACGGAGCCGCCGUCCGAGUCGCUGCUGCUGCGCAAACCCUACGGCCGCAACAAACCGCUCAUCUCCCGCACCAUGAUGAAAAACAUCCUGGGCCACGCCGUCUACCAGCUCACCAUCAUCUUCACCCUGCUCUUCGCCGGGGAGAAGUUUUUCGACAUCGACAGCGGCCGGAACGCUCCCCUGCACUCUCCCCCCACCGAGCACUACACCAUCGUCUUCAACACCUUCGUGAUGAUGCAGCUCUUCAACGAGAUCAACGCCCGCAAGAUCCACGGCGAGAGGAACGUCUUCGAGGCCAUCUACCGCAACCCCAUCUUCUGCACCGUGGUGCUGGGCACCUUCGCCGCCCAGAUCAUCAUCGUGGAGUUUGGUGGGAAGCCCUUCAGCUGCUCCGGGCUCACCCUGAGCCAGUGGUUCUGGUGCAUUUUCAUCGGAGUGGGAGAGCUCCUGUGGGGCCAGCUGAUCUGCACCGUCCCAACGAGCCACCUGAAGUUCCUGAAGGAGGCCGGGCACGGCAUCACCAAGGAGGAGAUCCCCGAGGAGGAGCUGCCCGAGGACGUGGACGAGAUCGACCACGCGGAGAUGGAGCUGCGGCGGGGGCAGAUCCUCUGGUUCCGGGGGCUCAACAGGAUCCAGACCCAGAUGGACGUAGUUUACACAUUCCAGACCGGCGCCUCCUCUUUGCAGGGAGCCCUCAGGAGACAGCCUUCCAUCGUGAGCCAGCACCACGAUGUAAAAAAUGUUUCUAGCCCAACCCAUGUAGCUCUUUCCUCCGUCAAUUCCACUCCCACCACUUCUGCUGUUGCUGCUGCUGCUGCAUCUCCUCCUGCGGGCAAUCAAAGUGGUGAAUGCGUUCCGUAGCUCCCUGUACGAAGGCCUCGAGAAACCCGAAUCCAGAAGCUCCAUCCAUAACUUCAUGACUCACCCGGAGUUCAUCCUGGAGGAAGACGAGCCUCGGACACCAUUCCUUGACGGCACCGAAGACGAGCCCGAGCCUGACGGACUCCAAAAGCGAGGUGGGGGCAGCCCGGCGGGGUCCACGGCCCUGAACAGAAACAACAACGCCGUGGACAGCGAGUUCAGCUUCCCCGAGCCCGGGAGCCCCUUCCACAGCCUGGAGACCUCCGUUUGACCUUAGAACUUGGAAUUCCCCCUCCUCCUCCUCCUCCUCCUCCUCCUCCUCCUCCUCGUCCGGCUCGGCGCCGUGUGAUCCCGGCACCAGUAACUGAUCACACGCUGCGGUCACUCCGUGUCAAACUGCUCAUGCCUGUAUCAUCAUCUGGGUCUUGUUGGGGUUUUUUUGUUUGGUGGGGAGGGGGGGGCAUUGUUUAUCUGUUUUUUCUUUUUGUUUUGUUUCAUUUUGUUCCUUUUUUUUUUUUUUUUUUUUUUUUAAACCGUUCUUUAGCAGUGGGAACCAGAGUACCACCACGCUGGGUGUUGGGAGAGAGGCUAAGCCAAAAAAAACCAACCAAACAAAAAACCAAUUGUGCAUCUCCAUCCCUGAUUUUCCGUGGUACUCGCCCAGGGGAAGCUGCCAGGUUCUUUUCCUCUCCAAGAGCUGGGCUCCAGGCACCUGGAGCCAGGGGGUUUUCACUUUGGAAAAAUGCAUGUUCCAAGGAAAUUCAAACUGUUGUAGUCUUACACGCCCUCAGCCCUGAGGCUGGGGGUGCACUUAUUUUAAUUUUUUUUUUUUUUGUGGGUGUUUUUUUUUUCUCCACUCGUGGUUUUUAGGGUUUUUUUCUUCUAACGUUGGGGUUUGCUCUUUGCUUGUGGGAUUUGCCCCCCUACGCAGUGGGAAGGGGCAGUCACCGCUCCAGUGCGAAAAUUAAGGAAUGAACUCAGAACUCCCAGCCAGGGGAAGGUGUUUGCUCCGAGGCUGAGAUCCAGGGAUGCCCACCAGUCUUCCACCUUUGAAAAAUGGUACCUGGGCUUUUUCCAGCUCCCCCUCUCUGUGUGCCCACACGUUUUUCUCUCUCUGUUUCCAAGCUGGGAGAUGAGAAAUGAAGGUGGCUUGGCUCUAACCUUGCUGGAGGGGAGACAUUCUGACUUUCCUGCAGAGGUGGAGGUGAAACUGCCAGGGGGAAGGUGGAGAGAACCCCCGGGUUGUGAGGGACGCAGCUUCUUCCUGAGGGAUUUUAGGAGAGGCCUCUCUGCUGCUCUUGGUCAGGGGGAAGCUCUCGGUGAGAGGAUUUUUGCAGCUCUCCCAGCUCCUGCCCUCCGGAGCAGAGGGAUUUUUGUCCUUUUUCUGUGCUCCUGGGGCCCAGCACUCCUCAGCCUCGCAGUGCCGGCUCCAGGGAAGCGCUGAGGGAUCCGGGAGGAGCUCCGGCUGUGCCCAAAAGCCAUGGGAGGCGGAGUGGGGAAUACUCAGGGCACAGCGGGUGCUGAAUCCUCGGGAAGAUCAAUCCAGCUGUCUCGUGAUCCAGUGGAAGGCAGGGAGGCCCACGGAUGAUCCCUGAUUUUCCCAGAGGUUUGGCUUGGAUGGCUGCAGCUCUUCCAGAGGAGGUCCUGCUGGAGGCUUGGCCUCGCUUCGCUGCUUUUUUUUGGAGGUCGCCUCUUCCCCUCGAGCCCUGCCUCACCUCCAGCCCUGGGAGUAAUCCAGUGGGAGUCCCUUUCCUUGGAGCUGGCUCUGGAUUGUCCCUCUGGCCAUCCCUGGAGCAGGAGGCAGGGCCUGGGCUUCUCCUUCCCCAGCUGGUUGUGACCUGGGGGAAGCUCUGCCACCCUCCUGCUCUCCUCCAUCCCCAGGGCUGGCUUGGGAGCAGAGGGAACGUGCUGGAAGCGCCCGCCCGAGCUCAUUCCCAUCCCUGGGAGCGCAGAGGAUCCCGUUUCUUUGGGAGAGGCUGUGUCUGGCUGGGUUCUCCUCCCCUUUCCCGUCGGGAACGCACAGCGGAAUCUCCCGUGCCUUGUCCGAGCACUGCCUGCAGCACCUCCUGCCACGCCAGGGCCCAGAUCUUUGCCAUGAUUUUUUAAGUGUUCCUUAAACCACCAGACAAACCAAGUGUCUUCGCUUCGCCCCCGGCACCGCCUCGUCCUUCCCGUGGGGUGCGAGGCGGAGGGAAGGACGGGCUCAUUCCUGCUGAGGAAAGGUCCUUACCCCAAAAACCCCCCAGAUCCCGAGCAUCCCCAGUGUCCCGCCCUGGUGCUGGAGAGCUGGGCGCUGUUCACUGCCAACAGCCAGAAGGAAUUGCCACCACUGCCCGUCCCCAGUGCAAAUUCAGCGUGCGCCCCGCGCCCGGCUCCUUCCCUCCCUCCCCGGAACAACAGCCCAGGGGAGUGAGGGCAUCCUGGGUCAAACACCAGGAAAAACAAACAAACAAAGGAAAAAAAACCCAAACAAGGGGUGGUUGUGGGGUUUUGGUUCUGUGCUAAAGGUGACGUCGCUUAAGAAAACCAACAAAAAAAAAAAUCACUUUUUCUAUUUUAAAUACUUGCAAAAAAAAACCAACAAAAAAAAAACCAAAAAAAAGAAGAUACAGUGUUCUUACAUGCUUACAUAAAUAUUUAUUAAAUACUUUUUGGGGGGAUGCACCAAUUUUUUUUUUUUCUUUUGAUAUUUUUUUAAUACCUCAGACCUGUUAAAAAAAAAAAAAAAAAGAAAGACUUAAACCAACAACAACUUCAAGCCAACUUUGGAGGCUCUCAAAGUCACUCCCAGAAAUCUGUGACUGGCAGGGUUUGCCACAAAGGGUCUGGUUGUUCCUUUAGUUUGCUCUAUUUUUGUCGUUCUAGUUUCCAUUUCAGGAGUGGGGGGAGGGAGAAAUAACACUAUAUAAAUAUUAUGCAAAAAAAAAAAAAGAAAAAAAGAAAAAAAAAAGGAAAAAGAAAAAAAAUCUAGUUUUCUUUAGCUCAGAAACUGAUAUUUUUACGUCAGCCAUAUGUAUUUUGUUUAAAGAAAAUAAAGAAAUCUCGAGUCCCACCACUGCGUGAGGGCAGUUGCAAGGGACACUUUAAUUAAUUCCGUGGAUUAAUUAAUUCAGCCAUCGGAUGCCAGUCAGCUUCCUUUUCUCUGAGCAGCCAUCUUUCUACUAGACGUGAGUUGGAUGACACAAACGGGGUUUUUUUAUAUAAAUAUCUAUAAAUUAUGUUGGUGUAUGGCUGGUUGCUUCAAGUAUAAAUGUUUCUUGUGCAGAUUUCCUGUAAAGUUGUUUUUUUUUUUUUUUGGUUAAGUUUCAGUGAUAUCCUGGCAGCAGCUGACUCUUGGCUUAAGUUAUUGAGGACAUUACACACACACAAAAAAGAGAUUUGGGGGAGAUUGGUGCUCCAAAAAAAAAAGGCAUGAUCGGCGGCACGGACUUUUGGGGACUCUCUGCAACAUGCCUUGACUAGGGGGAGAUAUAAAUAUAUAUAUAAAUAUAUAUUAUUAUGAAUAAUUUCUGGGGUUUUUGCUUUGUUUGAACUGCCACGAGUGCGCACGGAGCACUCCCCUCCUCGUUGUGAUCCGUGUUCAACUUUGCCUUGGAAUGCUUUGUUAUUAAAACACUCUGAACAUCCUCCUGCAUCCCGUUCUUGAUCCCGGCAGGGCCCCUUGGUGGCGGAUUUUCCGUGGAUUUUCCGUGGAAUUGGCGGAUUGGUACCAAAGACAUCCCACCGCGGCCUGUGUGCGGUUUGCUGGCCAGGCAGCUCCUGAGGCGUUUUCGCUUUCUCCUGCUGAGGUUUUUAUGAUUUGCACAGGGAGAAGGGUGUGGGGAGGGGGUUUAAUUUCAUUCUUUUUUUUUUUUCCCCAAAGGUUUUGUUUUUUUUUUUUCCCAUGCAAUAAAGCUUCCAAGUGAAAUUUUUCCGACCGAUCUCAAGAAGGAAACAAACUAAACCGCACUUUUAGCAUGGGCGGCCUUCGUGGCUUUUACUCCCCCGGGGUCUGGAGGGCUCGGCCCCUCUCCGAGGGUGACCUGAGGGGACGGCUGGAAUAAAAAAUCCCCAUCCCGAAUGCAGGAGGGCAUCUCCGAGGUGCCACCGCCAGCUCCUGGCACCACCCCGAGCCCCCGGCAGGUUUCUGUCCCUCUGAGGGGACACCUGGGCCUGCAUCGCUUCUGCUCCGGCCCCGACCCCUUGUGGAGCUCCGAGCCCCCAAAACGCCCUCCUGCACCCCCAGAUCUCCCCUCGGGGCGUGUGGGGGAACGCUUUUCCUGCUCCUUUUCCACCCAAACGGGGGGAUUUUGGCACCUCUCCAGCGUCAUCCCCCCUCCUCAGCCCGACUCCGCUCUCUCCCGCUCCUCAAAUCCUCCAGUUUUCACCCAGCAAAGCCCAUGGCUAAAACUGCCUUUAGUUUAUUUCCUCCCCUUCAAUAAAUAUAUAUAUAUAUACAGUCUGAACUCAACAUUUAUGUGUGUGUAUAUAUAUUUAUCAAAUGCUCUCACAAAACAAACUUUCUUUUGAAGAGGGCACGUGGAGCCGAGUUUUUCUCUUUUUUUUUCCAGUAACUCAGUAUAAUAAGCACUGGUAUUUUUGUAUAAAAAAUGGGAGAGAGAAAAAAAGGAAAAAAAAAACAAAAACCAACAACCAAAAUACAAAACAAAAGACUGAAUAUUAUGUGGUAUGCAUGACAUUAAAAAACAAAACAAUGGUGGUUUCAAAGCAAUAUGUACCCUGGUGUGUUUGCCAUAUCCUAGAGUCCAGCUUAAAGUGCACCUGAUCUGUAUUGCAUUUUGAUAUUAAUCUCUAUGUACAAUGUUUUGCAUGUAAUUUAUAUGGAUCUUGGGAGAAAAAAAAAAAAAUAAUCUGAAUGAAUUGUCCGUUGGCUUCUUCUGAGAAAACAGACUCCAAGCAGAGAUAAUACUGCAAAGUGGAAGCAGCAGAGUGGUUAGAGGUGUAGGAAAAGGGGGUGCAGUAAAAAAAAAAUAAAAAUGAAGAGGGAGAAGGAGGAACAGUUUGGAAUCAAUAAAGCUUUGGCUGUUGAGCAGAAACAA